CGGGUGGCGGCGGCCGCGCUGGCUGCUGAGGGCGGGAGCGAGUGAGUCACUGCGCGCGUGUGAGGGAGGGAAGGAGCGAGCGAGCGAGCAGCCCGCGCCCGCCACCCUCCCGCAGCUCCCGCCAGGCCCCCCGUUGCCGGCUGCCCUCCGCCCAGCGCCCAGGCCGGGCCGAGCCGAGCCGGGUCGGGCCCGGGCCAUGCUGCUCACCGUGUACUGUGUGCGGAGGGACCUCUCCGAGGUGACCUUUUCCCUCCAGGUCGACGCCGACUUCGAGCUGCACAACUUCCGCGCGCUGUGCGAGCUCGAGUCCGGCAUCCCCGCCGCCGAGAGCCAGAUUGUCUACGCAGAAAGACCUCUCACCGACAACCACAGAUCACUGGCUUCUUACGGUUUAAAAGAUGGUGAUGUUGUAAUUCUACGACAGAAGGAGAAUGCAGACCCUCGACCUGCAGUGCAAUUCUCAAACUUACCCCGGAUUGACUUCAGUAGCAUAGCUGUGCCUGGCACAUCAAACCCCCAACAGCGCCAGCUGCCCAGAACACAGGCUCAGCACUCACCUGCUGGGGAAGUAGCAUCAUCUCCUCAAGGCUUGGACAACCCAGCCCUGCUCCGAGACAUGCUGCUGGCCAACCCGCAUGAGUUGUCCUUGCUGAAGGAGCGUAAUCCACCCUUGGCAGAAGCUCUGCUCAGUGGAGAUCUUGAGAAAUUCUCUAGGGUCCUGGUGGAGCAGCAGCAGGACAGAGCCCGGAGAGAGCAAGAACGGAUUCGUCUGUUUUCUGCUGACCCCUUUGACCUUGAAGCUCAGGCUAAGAUAGAAGAAGAUAUAAGGCAGCAGAACAUCGAGGAGAACAUGACCAUAGCUAUGGAGGAGGCCCCGGAGAGCUUCGGCCAGGUCGCCAUGCUCUACAUCAACUGCAGAGUGAAUGGGCAUCCUGUGAAAGCCUUCGUUGACUCAGGUGCCCAGAUGACUAUCAUGAGCCAGGCCUGUGCAGAAAGGUGUAACAUCAUGAGACUGGUGGAUCGUCGCUGGGCUGGCAUUGCCAAAGGAGUAGGCACACAGAAAAUUAUUGGAAGGGUUCAUCUAGCUCAGGUUCAGAUUGAAGGUGAUUUUCUGGCAUGUUCCUUCUCAAUUCUGGAAGAACAGCCUAUGGACAUGCUUCUGGGUCUGGACAUGCUUAAACGGCAUCAGUGUUCUAUUGACUUGAAGAAAAAUGUUCUGGUGAUUGGCACCACAGGCUCACAGACUACCUUCCUUCCUGAGGGGGAGUUACCAGAGUGUGCUCGCUUGGCAUAUGGAACCGGGCGAGAGGACAUACGGCCAGAGGAAAUUGCAGACCAAGAAUUAGCAGAAGCCAUUCAAAAAUCAGCCGAGGAUGCAGAGAAAAGCAGUAAAGAAUCUACCUCACUGGGAAUGUCAUCAUUGCUGACUUCUGAUGGAUUCAACCAUCCAGCUCCUUCAGGGCAGAGUCCUGAGGUUGGUAGCCCUACGAGUCUCGCUCGCUCUGUUUCUGCUUCCGUCUGCGCCAUCAAGCCCAGUGACCCCAAUAGCAUUGAAUCUCUAGCUAUGGAGGCUAUGAAGGCUUCAGCUGAAUUUCAGACAAACUCUAAGAAAAAAGACCCUCCUCCUCUGCAGGUUCUUCCUGAUCUUGCUUCCUCAGCAGAACAGAAUCUAGCUAUGCCUUUGCAUAAUUCAUCGGAAGAAGCAUUUGUUACAGAUAAUCUGGAGAAAUCUGCUGAAAAAAGAACCCAGGGCCUCAGAGUUUAUCUUCAUACAAGACAAGAUGCUAGUUUAUCUCUCACAACUACUGGGAUGCAGGAGCCACAGGUAUCUGUGGAGGAAAAGAGUUGGCAUCCAGAAAAUCAGACCCCAAGUCAAGUGAGCAGCCUUCAGCAGCACAGAGAAACAGAGAGAGUGCAGUAUGAGUCUGGACCACAGAGAGUUCCACAUGACCAGGAGUGUCUUUGUGACACAGAAGACCUUGAGCUUCAUGAAGAAGUUGUCAGUUUGGAAGCUGUAAUGAAAGUUGAUGAGCUACAGAGAAAUUCUCAUCUUCCCAGUGCAGAAAAAGGUCUUCCAGCUUCAGGACUCUGUAGCUGCUCAUGCUCAGAAGCCCUGAUGGAAGUAGAUAUAGCUGAACAGUCUCUGGUUGCUGUGUGCAGCUCAACAGGCAGGAAGGAUGCUAUCACCAAGAGCCCUGGCGUAUCACAUCUCGCUUCAGAUAAUCCCUCUAUGGAAGUGGAGACAUCACGGUGUAACCCCUCCUGUGACCAUGUGGAACAUUCCAUCUUGACUCGGGAUUUGCAGCUCCCAGAAGAUAAUGUUGAAAUGUCUCCAGUGGAUAACAAAGAUGACAGUUCCUCUUCCCGUCUGAGUGGCCGUAGUCAGCCCUCUCUGGAGUCAGCAGGAGAGUUUUGUUCAUCUGUCACAGUGGCCUUGAAAGAGCUGCAUGAGCUUCUGGUCAUCAGCUGUGAGCCGGCCUCAGAAGAUUCUCCUGUGGGUAUCGCUUGUCAGUCAGAAUUAGGAGCUGAGAGCCAAACAGGCGGGUCAGACCUUACAGAAAGGAGGGCCCAAAGCGAGCAUUUGACCCCUAGUGACCAGGCCAUCUCUGAAUCAGAAAAGACAGAAAUCGUAGGACCCACACCUUGUGCUGCAAUAGAAGAUGAAACAUCCACUAGCUUUGGAGGUCUGGGUGAUGGCUUGUCACCUGGCCGAGGUCUCCCCAGACCAACAGAAUCAGUCAGGAAGAGCUGUUCUGUCACCAUAACCUCAGCUAAACUGUCUGAGCAGUUGUCCUGUACCUCAAGUGUAGAAAUUUCACCUGAACUUGCCGCAAGUGAGGAGGGUACCAGCAGUCAGCCUUCUGAGCAUGUGCAGAAUCCAGGCCCAGAUAGGCCAGAGACCAGCAAUGUCUGCCCUGGAGCUGGGUUGCCCUGCAGUGGAUUGGACCAACCUACCACACAGUCCUUGUCCAUCCCCUCCGCUCUUCCAUCUACUGAUGACAGACUCCUUCCAGAAUGCCUGUGUGAGCAGAAGAAACUGAAAGGCAGAGUCUGGCUGACCACUGAGUUUAAGCUGUGGGUAUGUGGGAGGUGGCCCUAGCUGGAGUGUAGAAUACCAGUCUGGAAAAGAUUUCAUUACAAUAGCUUUUAAUGUAUGUGCUUGUAUGUUUAUUUUUAGAAGCAGCCUGAUAUGUCGAUGAUUAUACAGGUAUUCUUAAGGAAUGCUUCGAGCUUGACUCACUUGCCAAAUACUUUGUUCCUUUGGUGGUUAUUUUCUUUGCAACAGUAAUUGCUUUUGAUUUUUAAGAUCUGUCAAAAAUAAAUGAAAUCAAAGGCCAGGCAAGGUGACAUACCUUUCAUUCUAGAAGGCAGGUGGAUGUCUGAGUUCAAGGACAGCCAGAGCUACAUUAGUGAGACCCUGUCUUUUAAACAGUAAAUAAAAAAUCUUUUGUCUGAAGUUUGGAUGAUGUUAGGAAUUGAUUGGCUUAAACUGGGCAAAUCUAGAACAGAGGACCUUGAGGAAUGUCAUUAGUGGGACAUCAGAGUCAGCUUCCACUUAGUCAUAUCGUUGGAAAACCUUGUGUUGAGCCUGUUGGGUCACAACUGUAACAGCAAGAGGCGGCUCCUUCACCAGACUGCUUUCAGGGGGUUCUGUGGCGCCUGCUUACCUCCAGCGGUGGUCUCUAUUUGUACACCAAAGGAUUUUCUCACACUCAAGCUGAAGGGCUGGAGAUAGGGCCCUUUGAUUCUAUAAAGGGCUGUUUCCAGAUGUGCUAGUUCAGCCAUCUGCAGCAGCAGAAGCCUUCCUCUGAGCUGAGCAUCAGAUGUUGACAGGUGAAGAUGAGAGUAGGUACUCGGCAAAGGAGGCUUUAGUAAGUGGUCAGUGGUGUGUGAGAACUUCUGCCUUGAGGCCUAUUCCCUCUGAUCAUCUCUAGAUGAAGGUGACUACCCAAAACAUUUCUUUGGCAAGAGGGUGCCUAGGAAUGAGGUAGGGGACCUGGUGUCCUGGAUUUUAUCUUGUACAGCAUCUGCCUUUUCUUUCCUCUCUACAGCUUUCUAUCUUUAGCGAAAGCCAUAAGAAUUUGUUUCAACUUUUCAGCUCAUGUCUAUAAAUAAAUACUAAGCUAUCUCAAAUAUAAGGUUAUUGAUAAAUGUUUUACAUAGGUUGAAAAGCAGCUUUUAUGUCUAAAGAGACCUGCACGUCCGGUGGCUUUUCUUCCUACUAUGUAUAUAAUAAACUGCCUUGCAAAUAGCAGUACAAGAGUGUCAAGGCAAAUUUUUUUUGUUUGUUUUUUGUUUUUGUUUUGUUUUUUUGUUUUGUUUUGUUUUAAGACAGGAUCUCGCCAUAGCCCAGGAUGGCCUCAAACUCAUGGCAGUUUUCCAGCCUCAGCCUUUAGAAUACAAGGAUUACAGGCGCACACACCUAUGCCCAGUUCACCCAGCACGGUUCCAGUUCCUGCCUGUGGGGAGCAUAGACAAAACUGGCUGGUGUAUGUAUCACUAGCAAUGCCACAGGGCAGAGGGGCAUGGUUUGGUGGAACGCCUGCAUAGCAUUUGAGGUCCUGGGUUUAAUCCUUACCAUCAAAAAAUAAAAGCCAGUCUGUGGCUGACUAGAACCGAGUCAUAGCAUUUGGUGUUUCCUGUAUCCCCUCAGGGCUGGCACUGAGCCCCCAUAAGUUACCUGACUCCCCGAGUGUUGGUAGAGCCGCAGUAAGGACUUUGGGUUGAGCCUUCGAUGUACUUGCUUUUCUUUCGUGCCUUAAUUUUUUUGAAUAGCAGAAGCAUCACAUCUUGGGAGUAUCGGGGAAGGUUAGAGGGCGGCGCUCCUGGAGAGGACUGCCACCUGGUGUGGCCCUUGGCUCCUUACCACUUUGACUCACUCUCACCUGCUUCAAACGUUAGGUUCACCGGGAUAGGGGUUUCUGCAUCCUGUAUACCAAAAAUGGUUUCUAGAUGUUUCUUAGGUUUUCUGUUGCACCUUGUGUGCUGUGGUGGGAAGAGCUAACUUCAGAGCUAUGCAGUAGGAGCAAGAAGUCAUUGGUUUGUUCAUCAGACUUGGGGCACCCCUGAAGCCCGGGAGUUCAGCAGCAGCUAAAGCAGACAGGAGCCUGGCUUUAGCCGCCUUCAGUCUAGGGAAGACGGGGGCAAGUUUUAACUGAGAUCUGUUUUUACCUGUUAGCAUGCUACCCCACCCCUACCCCAGCAUGCUUUUGUUUUUGAGGAGAUCUCUUACAGCCCAAGCUGGCCUUGAACUAGCAAUCCUAAAGUGGCUGGGUGUAUGAAGUUAUAGGCACACUCUAUAAUGUCUGAAUAGCAUGCUUUCGUUUGGUUGCAGUUUAGAACUGACUAUGGGGGAAAAAAUCAGGCCGGUGAUUUUUUUCAACACUGUAAACCUAGAAUUCAACACUGUAAACCUAGAGUUACACUUUAAAGUGUUUAGUUUAAACAACUGGGGGCUGGCGUGUUGGCACACACCUUUCAACCGUAAGUGCAAGGCCAGUCAGGGCUACAGAGAGGAACUGUCUUAAAUAGACUUGAAAAAAGUUGAGGGUGUAGGGAAAUAGCACAGUGGGAGGCAGACAGCUUGCCUAGCUGCAGGAAGCCCUCAGUCCAGCCCCCAGCACUGUGUAAGCCAGGUGUGGUGUGCAUGUGAUCCCAGCACUGGAGACCAAGGGGAGA